UUAUCAACAGUCUCACAUCAGAUUUCUAAUGUUCCAUGAGAAAUGCUUUUCGGAUCAGGUGUAGUUGCCCGAUUUUUUCCGUCAAACACAUUUUGUUUCCAAAUCUAUUAAACCGAUAGCCUCUAAAGGCCCGAAAGCCGUCAAACGUUUUUUUUUUCUACACGUUAAAUAAUUUAUUUUAAAACUUUUUCUAGUGCGUUCAAAUUAUUGUGGCUAUUUUGUUCUUACCUGUUUAGUGUGUGUUUACUUAGAAUCCAAUUGUUGCCGCUCAUUGCCGGCGAGAAUUCGAUCAAUUAGCUUAAAAAUAUUAAAUAACGAUGUUGUCCAAACUCAGACUACUUCGACCGCCGGUUUCAUCUGGAACCAGGUUAAUAAGUGCUUGGGAAUGUAAAAAUUAUAGUGAUAAAAAGAAUAGCAGUGAAAAAAACCAUAGAAGGAAAACAACUCCACCAUUAAUAGAGGUUAUUAAACCUGUUAAAAUAAAUUAUUCAAAAAGAACAAAAAAAAAUUAUGAACCAGUCAAUAUAUCUAAAAGAGAGAUACAAACCAAAUAUAAUGAACCUCUAACAUUGUGUCCUUUGGUUUCAAAGACUGAAUCAUGUAAUAACUCAAACCCACCAAAGUCUUCUCAUUCUCCUGAGACUCUAAAUCCUGUGUCUGAGACAAAUAAUGAGUGGCAGAAUGGUUCUAAUAAUAAACCGUAUUUUAAAAAUAUGAGCCUUAUAGGUGGAGCAGUCAUCUUAGCUGGAUCUUUGUAUGGUAUUUGGAAUUCUGAUAUUUUAAAACUGAAAAAAGAUGAUAGUUCUAUUAAAGAAAUUAAAAAAGCAAAAAAAUCACGAAAAUUGAUACAAAUUCCUGCAUUAUCUCAAUCUAUACCUGAUAAUGUACAAUAUUUAUUAAUUGGGGGAGGUACAGCUUCUUUUGCAGCAUUCCGAGCAAUUAAGUCAGCUGAUCCUACUGCGAGGGUUUUAGUAAUAUCAGCUGAAGGUUAUCUUCCUCAUAUGCGACCACCAUUAUCUAAAGAAUUAUGGUAUGGCGAUGAUUCUGAAAUGGCUAAAUCUUUGAACUUUCACCAAUGGAAUGGUACUACUAGAAGUUUAUUUUAUGAACCUGAUCCAUUUUAUACACCUAUUGAAGAAUUAGCAUCUGCCAAAAAUGGUGGUAUAUCUCUAGCUCGAGGCUGGAAAGUUGAAUCAAUAAAUGUUUCUGAAAAAAAAGUAAAGCUUAAUGAUGGAAAAGAAAUAAGUUAUGAUAAAUGUUUAAUAGCAACUGGUUCAGUUCCAAAAACGUUAAAAUUAUAUAAUGAUGCAAGUCAAGAUGUUAAAGAUAAAUUCUCAGUUUUUCGAUCUAUUGCUGAUUUUGAAGAUCUAAUGGAAGAAUUAAAUCAUGUUAAAUCUAUUGCCAUUAUUGGUGGUGGAUUUUUGGGUAGUGAACUUGCUGCCUCAUUAGCUAAUAAAGGAAAAAAAAAUGGUGUUAAAAUUUAUCAAAUAUUUAAAGAAAAUGGCAAUAUGGGAAAAGUGUUACCAAAAUAUCUUAGUCAAUGGACGACAGAAAAAGUUAGAGAUGAAGGUGUUGAAGUUGUGACUAAUACAGAAGUAGAAAACUGUUCUUUAGAUAAUAAUGGAGAAAAGGUCAAUUUAGUUCUAAAUAAUGGUAAAAAUAUUUCUGUUGAUCACGUAAUAAUGGCAGUUGGAGCUAAACCUAACACUGAACUAGCUGCUGAUGCUGGAUUAGAAGUUGAUCCAAAUCUCGAUGGCUAUUUAGUAAAUGCAGAAUUACAAGCAAGAACAAAUUUAUAUGUUGCUGGCGAUUGUGCUUGUUUUUAUGAUAAUCAAUUUGGUAGAAGACGUGUUGAACAUCAUGAUCAUGCUGUAAUUUCUGGUAGAUUGGCUGGAGAAAAUAUGGCUGGCGCUGCUAAACAAUAUAAACAUCAGCCAAUGUUUUGGUCUGAUAUUGGACCAUCAGUUGGUUAUGAAGCAAUUGGAAUCGUCGAUUCUUCUUUAAAUACAGUGGGUGUAUUUGCCAAAGGAAAUCCUAAAGAUACAUCACUAUCGACGAAUAAAACUGACGAGAAUACCACAAUAAAUGAUACAGAUACACCUGCUGAAUUGGAAUCCAAAAAUAUUUUUGAAAAUAAUUAUAAUAAAGGAGUUGUGUUUUAUUUGAAAAACGAUGUAGUUGUUGGCAUUGUGUUAUGGAAUUUGUUUAAUAGAAUGUCUAUAGCACGCCAAGUGCUUAAAUCAGAUAGAUGCUACAAAGAUCUCAAUGAAGUAGCUAAACUGUUCAAUAUUCAUGGUGAUUCAUCAUGAUGUUCAUAUUAAAUUAAAAUAUUAUUUUAACAUUGUUUUACUGUUACACUAGUAUUUAUAUGAGGAUAAAUAUGAAAACAUUUCAUAUAUGUAAAAAUUAAUAUAUUUUUGUAUAGACUGAUUCUCUUUUAGAUUA